AUGGAAGGAGAUUCAGCAAAUCGUGAAGAAGAUGAUGAAAAGGUAGAAGAGCCUCUCUGGAUAUUAAAAUCAAGAUUUGAUGAGGUACAUGUCGAGAAGAGUUCGUUUGUUGUGCUGUUUCCUUUUCUUGGUGCAGCAGUGCAUGUCAACGUAGGCAGUGAUAUCUUUGAUGUUUGUGUAACGCAUAAUUAUGUUGUUGUCGCAACUAAUAACCAUAUUUACAUCGCUCACAAGGAUGAGCUGGAGAGUCCACUCACGUGUUCAUGGGAUCUGAAGCGCUCACUCGACUUGGAAUUCAAACCAGGCUGCUGGAAGUCCGUUGUUGUCUAUGAUCUGAAAGAAACUACUGUGACAAAGUGUUGGCCGGCAGACAAGAGGAAGACCACGGCCAGUGUUAUUCUGACGUCUACAGUCUCUACUGUAUACUUUGUGUACACAGUUGAUGAUGUGAGUACAGUAGUAAGACUUUUUAACGAGUAUAGUUAUCUGGAGUCAGGAAUUGUGAGGCCCACGGUUGUCCAGAUUCCAGAGGAUUUGCGGAUUGUUGCGGCAGCCUCUGGUAAUGAUCAUAGCAUUUUUCUGACUGCGAAAGGAUCAGUGUUUGUUCUGGGCACAGGAAGUCGUGGUGAACUGGGAAUUGGCCUUGUCCCGAGAGUCUGCGAGCUAACAUGGCUCGAGGCUCUAGAAGGAGUUCGUGUGAUUUCCAUAGCGGCAUCUGGAUGGCACAGCGCCGCACUUACAGCUGACGGUGAUGUUUAUGUUUGGGGCUGGAAUCACCGCGGACAACUUGGAGAUGAAAAGGAACGAGUGGAGUUGUAUCCGUCACCUCUGGAGAUUGACCUCAGAGUCGUUAGAAUAGCGCUACAGGAGCAUCUAACUGCUAUUUGGGUAGCUGAAGAUAAGGACGAACCUUCGAUAGUAAUGGGAUCGGACAAAAUAGGAAUGCCACAUGUUCAACUUCAAUAUUACAACCAUGUCCCUGACAAGACGAAUGAGCAGGACAGGUUAGGAGGAAUAGGCGGCGAUUCACAAGUGGAUAUGGUGUUUCUGAAUGGAAAUAGAUCUCUCGGAUCUCUUGGCGAUAGCUCAGAGAUUCACAGAUUACAAGGAUAUCAGGCUCAAGAAGAUAAGUUCGAAUAUGUUGUUAGAGACAGGGAUUGA